AUGACGCGCGCGGGCGCGGCGACGCGGCGACGCGCGCUGCAGACGACGGAGGACACGCCCGUGAGCGCGGAGGCGAGGGCGGAGGCGUACGAUUGGCGCGCGCACUGGUACCCGGCGGCGUACGUCGCCGACGUGGAGAAGGACGCGCCGCUGACGUUUACGCUCCUGGGCGAACCGCUGGUGUUCUGGCGGGACAAGAGCGGCGAGAUGCGCUGCGUCGCGGAUAGGUGCCCGCACAGGUUGGUACCGCUGAGCGAAGGACGCGUCAACGAGACGGGUGAGCUCGAGUGCGGGUAUCACGGGUGGACGUUUACGGGAGAGGGUAAGUGCACGUCCAUUCCGCAAAUCGAGCAAGGGACGGGUUUGGAGACGGCUUUGAAGUCUCCGAGAUCGUGCGUCGCGGCGUACCCGACGAAAGAGGCGCAAGGCAUGCUUUGGGUGUAUCCGACCUCGAUGGAUAAAGCGCCGGCGACGCUGCCAGAUUUGCCGCUAAUCCCAGAGUACGACGACCCGGAGUGCGUGUGUCAAGACAUCUUUCGGGAUCUUCCCAUGGAUUGGGCGACUUUGCUUGAAAACGUCAUGGAUGUUAGUCAUGUGCCGUUUACGCAUCACAACAGCGUUGGUAAGCGAGAAAAUGCGACGCCAGUGAAUUUGGAAUUGGCGAGCGCCGCGGGCGUCACGGCGAACGGAUUCGAAGGGAUAUGGAAGGAAGGUCCGAGGAAAGGUAAAUAUGGGUCUCAAUACACCGAGUUCAAAGCACCGACGUUAAUGCGCCACACGCUCAAGACGGAGGCUUUCACGACGCUCACCGUCGUGUACGCGGUGCCGACGACACCCGGCCGAUGCCGACUUAUGGCGCGAUUUCCAUUCAUCUUCAAAUCGGCGUUGCCGCGAUUCUUUUUCGGUCUUUACCCGCAAUGGUUCUCGCACACGAAUCAAAAUGCAAUUUUAGAGGAUGACCAAAUCUUCUUGCACAAGCAAGAGCGAUUGAUCGAGGUUGAGCAAAAAGAAGGCAAGUCAUACGCGCAGUCGUGCUACAUGCCCACCAAGGCAGACGUCUACGUUUCGGCGUUCCGCAAGUGGAUUGUCGACGUCGCCGGCGGCGGUCCAGCGUGGCCGAAGGAUAUGCCCACUGAUUUGCCACCGCAAGAAACCACGCGCGAGGCUUUGCUCGAUCGCUACCAUUCGCACACGAUAAACUGCAAGUCGUGCGCCAGCGCUUUGGCGAAAAUCGGCAAGGCGCGAAAGGCGCUUCGCGUGCUCACCUUUGUCGCUCUCGCCGCUGCCGUGGCGACUUUUGCGCGAGCAGUACCGUUGAAGUACACGAUCGCCUUGUCGGUACUAUCCGCCGCGUGCGCUUUGGUUCGCGAGAAACUCGGCGCGUUUGCCGCGAAGAUGAAAAUCGGGCCGUAUCCGCCACCGCGCAGACCGCCAUCCAUGAUGGAGGCAGCGUUGCAACAAGCGCGAAUCGCGUUUUAA